AUGGAAUCUGUCCGUAGACUAUUAUUAUACAAUAUUUUCUUUAUUGUAUUUUCUUGCAUACAUUGCGAUGUAUUCAAAGAGGAAUUAUUUAUUAAAUCUUUGCCGCCGUCUCAUUUAUACACUCAUUUUCAAUUUGUAACAUUGGUAAAUAGUGAUACUUCGUCGUUUCAUUCUCAUUUGGCACCUCGAUCACUAGUCGAAGUAAUAUCUCGCUUUCAUGUAGAAGAGCUCCAUUUAACUUUAACUGAGGGACAGUGGCGUCAUAAUCAAUGGGGUUACCCAGUUUUAGAUGCCGCCCCUGGUGCAGAACUAUAUGCAUGGUUUUCUGCUGAUGUUGUUGAUGUUGACAUACAAUGGAAAAAGUUAACAUCAACACUUUCAGGGUUAUUUUGUGCAUCUUUAAAUUUUAUAGAGAACUUUAAUACGGUGAUCCCUCAAAUGACUCUAUGGCCUACAGGUGCAGUAAAGGCCGGUCAAAAUGUCACUUCACAUUUAAGAUAUGCAUCUUUACCUCGGGAAAUAGUAUGUACAGAAAAUUUAACACCUUGGAAAAAGCUUUUACCUUGUGAGUCAAGUAAGGGUUUUUCAGCUUUACUGAACUCUAGAAUGAUACACAAUACCAAUUAUCAUUCUGUUGGGGUCCAUGUUAGAAAAAAUUGUAUUUCAAAUGAUUGCAGUGAAAACAAUCUUGAAAUUAAACAAACUGUUGGACUCGUAUAUGAUUAUGAUAUACUAACCAGUAGUGAGUGGUCGUUUCGUAAGUUAUAUGGGCAGGGUUUACCAGGGGCUUGCCCACUGUCAUCUGACAGCAAGAUUUAUGUAGAUGUUACUUCAAAUGAUACACAACCCUUUACAUUGAUACCACCACCGCAUAGUGUUGUCUUGUCACAAAGAGGCGGUAGUGAUGUCAAAUUAGCUAUUUAUGAUGUAAAGCCUGAUGAGCAAAUGAUUAACAUUGGAAUUAAACAUAAUAGAAACUCAGAUUUACCAGUGCCAAUUCCCCCACCGCUUUAUUUCAACCGUUAUGUCCUUGGUUAUGGGAAAGAAUUUGGAGGCAUAGUCACUGAACUGACCAAUAAUUGUUGGACUUCUAUUAAUGUUGUUGUGCUAGAAAAUGCACCAUGGUGGUUGCCAAUACAACUCAGCACACUUAGAAUUAAUGGUGAGGCUGAAAGUAGCUUAAUAAUAUCACAAUAUUAUUCUCCUGGCCGUAGUAGACAGAAACCGUAUCAUCUGGAACUUUUAAUGAAAUUACCUCCAAGAUCAACCACAACUAUUACUAUAGACUUUGAAUUUGUCUUCUUAAAAUGGCAAGAGUAUCCACCAGAUGCAAAUCAUGGAUUCUACAUUGGAUCAGCUUUGAUUUUAGCUAAUUUACCUACUGCAAAAAAUUAUACAAGCUUGCCAAAUACAGGCACUACAUUUGAUUCUAUGCUGAAUGCUUCAAAGCUAUGGUACCCAAUUGUGUUCAGGACAAAUGGUGCUAUGGUGUCUCUUCCAACUCCAGAUUUCAGUAUGCCAUACAAUGUCAUCUGUCUUGCCUGUACUGUUGUAGCUCUUGCCUUUGGCCCUCUACAUAAUAUUUGCACCAAAGAGCUUGUCCUCAAACCUGUAGGAACACCAGUUUCACUAUUGCAAAAGGUUUUUAAUUUAUUCAAGAGAAAAAGAGAUUAA